ACGGCCAGGCCUGACACGCCAUGGCACCGCCCCGCCUCCCCAGCGUCGCCGUUGCAGGAAGCCGGAAGCGGCGGGAACAAGCUUUAGCUUGGCAGGGCCCGGCGGGAGUCGCGGAUCGCGGCGCUGGGAAGGGGCCGCUGUCUGCAGCUUGAAAAGAGAAUUGACUAAUCAAGAGAAAACAUGCAAAGCACUUCCAAUUAUCUAUGGCUUUUAUCUGACGUUCUAGGACAAGGAGCCACUGCAAAUGUUUUUCGUGGACGACAUAAGAAAACAGGGGAUUUAUAUGCCGUCAAAGUAUUUAACAACAUAAGCUUCCUUCGUCCUGUGGAUGUUCAGAUGAGAGAAUUUGAAGUAUUAAAGAAACUGAAUCACAAGAACAUUGUCAAAUUGUUUGCUAUUGAAGAAGAGACAACUACUAGACACAAAGUACUUGUUAUGGAAUUUUGUCCAUGUGGGAGCUUAUACACUGUUUUAGAAGAGCCAUCUAAUGCCUAUGGGUUGCCAGAGUCUGAGUUCUUAAUUGUGCUGAGAGACGUGGUGGCUGGGAUGAAUCAUCUCCGAGAAAAUGGAAUAGUGCACCGUGACAUCAAACCAGGCAAUAUAAUGCGUGUUAUAGGUGAAGAUGGUCAGUCUGUUUACAAACUGACAGAUUUUGGAGCUGCUAGAGAGUUGGAAGAUGACGAACAGUUUGUUUCUCUCUAUGGUACAGAAGAAUAUUUGCAUCCUGAUAUGUAUGAGCGAGCAGUGUUGAGGAAGGAGCAUCAGAAGAAGUAUGGAGCAACAGUUGAUCUGUGGAGCAUAGGGGUGACAUUUUACCAUGCAGCAACAGGGAGUUUACCAUUCCGACCUUUUGAAGGGCCUCGCAGGAACAAGGAAGUGAUGUAUAAAAUAAUCACUGGAAAGCCUUCUGGUGCCAUAUCUGGAGUACAGAAAGCAGAAAAUGGACCAAUUGAGUGGAGUCGAGAUAUGCCUAUUUCCUGUAGUCUUUCUAAGGGCCUGCAAGUACUGCUCACGCCUGUUCUUGCAAACAUUCUUGAAGCAGAUCAGGAAAAAUGCUGGGGAUUUGACCAGUUUUUUGCAGAGACCAGUGACAUACUCCAUCGAAGAAUAAUUCAUGUUUUUUCACUACAGCAAAUGACCUCACACAAAGUUUAUAUUCACAGCUAUAAUAAAGCUGCCAUAUUUCAUGAAUUGGUCUACAAACAGACAAAAAUAACUUCUCAGAACCAAGAAAUGAUAUAUGAAGGCCGCCGUCUAGUACUAGAGCCUGGAAGAUUGGCACAACAUUUUCCUAAAACCACUGAAGAAAAUCCUAUAAUUAUAAUAAGCAGAGAGGCUGCGAACAUCGUAGGGUUAAUCUAUGAAGAAAUUUCACUUCCUAAAGUACAUCAGCGGUAUGACUUGGACAGUGAUGCCAGUAUGGCUAAAGGAGUAACUGGUGUUGUAUGCUAUGCCUGUAGAGUUGCCAAUGCUUUGCUGCUUUACCAGGAAUUAAUGCGAAAAGGAAUACGAUGGUUAAUUGAAAUAAUCAAGGAAGACUACAAUGAAACGGUGCACAAAAAGACAGAGGUUGUCAUCAGGCUGGAUUUCUGCAACAGGAACAUAGAGAUAGCUGGGAAAAUAUAUGAGAAUCUGAUGCAGAUCCACUUGGAAACAGAAAUGGAUGAAAUUUCAGAGAUCCAUACUAAACUAUUGCUUCAGCUUUCUAGCUCUCGGGGAACAAUAGAGCCCAGUCUUCACGACAUUGAAGAUAAACUGUCUCCUGGUGGAUUGCUGAGUGACACUUGGGCAAAUCAGGAAGGCACACAUCCCAGAGACAGAAAUCCAGAAAAGCUGCAAGUAUUGCUGAAUUCUAUCACAGAUAUUUAUUAUCAGUUCAAGAAAGACAAAGCAGAACGUAGACUUCCUUAUAAUGAGGAACAAAUCCACAAAUUUGACAAGCAGAAGCUGAAUUUACAUGCCACAAAAGCCAUAUCUCUGUUCAAAGAUGAAUGUGUCAGCAAGUAUGAGACAUUUUUGGACAAGGCAGAGGAUUGGAUGAGAAAGAUGCUUCAUUUAAGGAAACAGUUACUGACGAUCACCAGACAGUGUUUUGAUAUUGAAGAAGAGGUAUCCAAAUACCAGGACUAUAUAAAUGAGUUACAAGAAACUCUGCGACAGAAAACGUUUGCAGCUUCCACUGGGAUCAAACAUACAAUGAAUCCAAUCUAUCCAAGUUCAAACACUUUAGUGGAAAUGACUCUUGGUAUGAAGAAACUGAAGGAGGAAAUGGAAGGUGUUGUUAAAGAACUAGCUGAGAAUAACCACAUUUUAGAAAGGCAAAUAGUAAUUUUUACUUUUUGGUGGGGGGUGUUAUAAUUUGGUAUGGAAGUUAAUGGAUCCAGGGAGCAAGAAAAUGGGCAAUUUUAUCUCUUGGACAACUGUAGUAUAGACACCUGUUUCCAAAUUGUUGCUCUGAGACAUGUUUCAAGCAGAUUUGGCCACAGUUGUUGUCUUUAUUUGAAAAUUAAAUUUAUUUAUUUAUUUGUUCCAUUACUGUGGAAGUCAAUUUGUGAUGCAAGUAAAAGCACCAAGAAAGCUGAAAUUACCUAGGGUCACUUAGUGGAAAUAACUGUUGCUCAGAGUGGUGAAUGCUGGAUUUACACUUUAUUUCUUGCAGUGAUCCACAGGCUCGUAUCUAAACUUUUUUAAUUUUCAGAUAUCACUAAGUUUAAUAACUAUGGAAUGAUACCAAUCUGUAUUAGUCAUUCUGCAGUUUUAGCAUUAGCUGUAAUGAAAUAGCACUGAGAAAACAAGUCAAUCAUACUUUUUAUAACCAUGCUGAAACAAUGCUUUCUUUAAUGGCACUGAAAAUGAUUCUGUUCUGUCUAUGCUAGCAGUCAAAAUCAUUUUCAUUCACUGGUUCAGCGGUAUCCAUUUCAGAUGGCAGCUAUUAGUAAUGGGUCCAUUUCCUAGUGUAGAUAGUGCUACACAGGUGUUAUGAUCUGCCUAAGGUCUCCUACUGAGUUAGUGAGUCAGUGGUAGAGCUGGGCUAAGAACUCACUUGUUCCUGGUUCUCAGUCCUAUGCUUAGAUCGUUCAGUGACCUGUUGUAUGCACACACUUCAUUUGUCUCCAAGAGUACUAUUUUAAGAAAUAAAUGUGUGUUGGGGUAUGGCGGGGGGGGGGAGAACAUAAUUAAGUUAUAGUUAAAUGAAUUCAAAAAGAAACACAUGUUAAUUUUAUUCUAGAGUAAGGGUUAAUUUAUUGUGUAUUAAAUCAUUUUUAA